CUCGUACGAACAGCUCAGUACGGAAGUCGACAAAUGAAAACAACAGCGCGGGGCUGAUGGGAAGAGUGGUGGGAAGUAAAAAUGGCGUCUCCGAAAACUAUACCUAAAGAUGCACAGGUUAUGGUUCAAAUUUUGAAAGACAUGGGGAUCACGGAGUACGAACCUAGAGUUAUCAAUCAGAUGCUGGAAUUCACAUACAGAUAUGUAACCACCAUCAUAGAUGACGCCAAAAUAUAUGCCACACAUGCGAAGAAAUCUAAUGUCGACGCCGAUGAUAUCAGGCUAGCCAUCCAAUGUCGGAUGGACCAGUCUUUCACAUCCCCUCCUCCACGAGAUUUCCUCCUUGAGAUUGCUCGGCAGAAGAACCAGACUCCUCUCCCGCUCAUUAAGCCGUACACGGGGCCACGGCUUCCCCCUGACCGUUACUGUCUGACUGCACCAAACUACAGACUCAAGUCCCUACAGAAGAAAGUGACGUCCUCAGCCGGGAGAAUCACAGUCCCACGUUUGAGUGUCGGAGCAGUGUCCAGCCGACCGAGCACUCCCACUCUUGGUACGCCCUCUGUCCAGACGGUGGCCUCCAAAAUGGGGACGCCGGUGUCAUUAACUGGCCAACGUUUUACCGUUCAGAUCCCCUCCUCACAGGCAUCAACUGUGAAGUCAGCCACCCCAUCCACACCAACAGUUCAGAAUGUCCUCAUUAACCCGUCAAUCAUAGGCUCCAAGAACAUCCUCAUCACAACGAAUAUGGUGUCCCAGAAUUCAGCAGCAGAAUCGGGCUCCCUGAAGAGGAAGCACGAAGAUGAUGAUGACUACGACGCCCUUUGACCUCAUAGAUAGUGAAGUCUAAGUGUUCUGAAAGCAGAAAAAGUUUUGUACAUGGUUUCUUAAAAUAUGGCCGUCUUUAGUCCUUCAAAUGUUGAAAAUGAUCCUGUUGAAAUGGAAAUGGAAAUGUAUUGUUGGUUAUUAUUUCGUCAGAUCCCAAUCACUGAGUGAGGUUAUGAACACAUCAUCUUCACCCAUUUUCUUUUCUUUUCUGUUUAUAUAAAUAAAUUUUGGGAAAAAAUA